AUGGUGGGGCGGCUCAGCCUGCGGGAGGUGCCCGACCUCCCGGACAUGAGGAAGCGGGGCGACUCCGGGCUCGACAGCCCCGACUCCGGGCUGCCGCCCAGCCCCGGCCCGGCCCCGCCGCCCUGGCUGCUCCCCUCGGGCAGCCCCGACCGCGCCGCCGCCAACGGGCUCGCGGAGCCCGAGCCGCCCGCGCCCUCCGCCGCGGUGAGUACCGGCCCGGCCCGGCCCGGCCCGAGCUCUGUGUUCUCCCCCAGCCCCAUUCUCUCCAGCUGCCCUCCAAGAUUGUGUCCUUUAUCCUUUGGCGAAGGAGUUGAGUUUGACCCUUUACCAGCAAAGGAAAUAAGGUACACGUCCUCGGUGAGGUACGACUCGGAGAAGCGCUUCAUCGACGGCGUCUACCUGCCCGUGGGGCUGAGCGUGGCCCGGUGCAGCCAGACCGUGGUCUGCGUGCCCGACUGCUCGUGGCGCAGCUACAAGGCCGAGGUGCGCCUGGAGCCGCGCCACCGGCCCCGCCGCUUCGCCAGCACCACCAUCAUCUACCCGAAGCACGCCAAGACUGUCUACACCACCACGCUGGACUACAACUGCCGCAAGGCCGCCCGCCGGUUCCUCUCCAGCGUGGAGCUGGACACCUCCGAGUGCCUCGGCGCCGGCCCGGACGGCUGCUGACCCUCGCCCCCCUCGCUCUGGUCCGCCCCUCACGGACUCCACGUGCUCAAACUCCACAGACCCUCUCUCUCAGCUCCCAGCUCCUGCUUCCAAGCGUCACGGCGGCCCCGAGCGCGGUUUUCUGCGGGAACGUGACUUAGCAAGGGACUUGGCCUCCAAAAGCUGCGAGUUCCCUCCCCUUCCCCGCGGUAAUCAGGUGAAAAUAACGGGAAGUGAUUUCCCAGAGGGAAAGUUGGCAGGUAAGGAAGAGUGUGGGGUGGUGCCCGGCAGGUGGAGAUCCAUUUGGUGCUGGUGGCGAUGUGCUAAAAGUAAGGGUGGUUUGCCCUCCUGCAGAGAUUCACCAGCUGGUUUGGCCAUCUCAGUUUAGAUCCUGUUUUCUCCAGAAGAACCGUCCCCUGGAAAUUGCUGGAAAAGGCUAACAGACAAAACCCCAGAAUUCUGCAUCUAACACGUACAAAAAUGUUAACGCAUGGCAUUCACAUUUCGUGUGAAGGUGUAAAUUGGGAAGAAGAGGGGUUCUGAGCAGAGCGGGAGUUGAGCUGCUUCUGCAGCUCCAGGCAGCAGAGACAGGAUGCUGUGAUUCCAGUUCUUAGGGUGAUGAAGAACCUGUGUUCUGGGUGUCACACAAGUGUUUCUGUGCCUGCAGCAGGGCUUGUAGAAGAGAAUACCAGACUAGAAAUUAUCCCUGUGUUGUUGGAUCUUGGUGAUGUGGAGGUAGAAAACCACAAGUGCCUUGUUUUUGUCCACACAGGCCGUGUGCACUAAAGGAGCUGUAAACCAAAGCAAGAUUCAGAUAAAAUGCUGGUCAGAGAGACCCAAAAUGGCAAAGGAGGUGUUGGAUUGGGUGUGAGACACUGUUGUGGUGGGGUUGGGAGGAGGUAAAAGUAGCAAGGGACAGGCGGGUUUGUAAUGCAUAACAAAAUCCAGAGCUGCAGCUCUGCUUCCCCGCCGAGCUUGUCAUGGCACAAAUCCGUGUCCCGGGGAUCAGGGAUGUCACUGGGAUGGGACAGCCUCUGCCUGUCUGCAGGCUGCUGGAAAACCUCUCCUGAGUGCAUGAUGAGUUUGGGGACCAAAGGGAAUAGCUUCAGAUACUAUGAAAGUCUGUCUGGAUGUUACGUGCGUUCGUUUAUCGUGUGCCUUGAUGAAAAUAAGACAGAGAGGUUUCCUUCUUUUCCCAGAUUUUU